AUGGCUCACUCCAGCAAUAUCAAAGGUUUUGGUUCUAGUGUAAAGAGAUUUGGAAAGAUUACUGUUCACCCGAAUCUAGACCGCAGCGGCCUAUACACAGACCGGUGUGAUGGUUGCGACCCGUGUUUGUACCACCCGCAAUCUAUAAACGAGAUAUUUCAAGUCAAUCGAUAUAGAAAAGUCGACAAAGAUCCGUGGAGGUAUAAAAAUGAACUAGAAGAUUGGGCAAAAAACCUUGGCUACAGAAACCAGAGAAUCUUAAACCAGCGGAAGUGGCAGAGCACCGUUUUGGGUCCAGCCUGGACAGAAUUAAAGGAGCCUCCCAAACACGAGUCUGCGUGCAAAAAUGUCAGUUUCGGCAGAACACCUAGGUUCAAAUUAAGAAAGAGUUUUACACCCUGUCCAGGUACGUACUACAAGUCGGAACCCUUUAAGGCACCGUAUGGACCGCACUCUACCCGGCCGACAUUUGAAAGAGAAAAACCAUGUCGCUUUGAGGACACGGCCCCAAAGUGGUCCCUUGCACCUAACCGCUACACCAUUGACGAUAAAGAAAGUAUUGAAAAUAAAUCGAAAAAGGUUGUAUCCAUUCGAGGACCUUAUGAUCUUUUUACUGGUAAAAGGGAUGGAACUACAGUAAAAAAUCAUUUCAACACCACACUACGAUGCGCAGCGGCCACGUGGCCCAUAGCACUAAAAGGCUGUUUAGAAAGCUACACGAAGUCACAUUUUGGCAGAAUGAAUAAAACAAACCGAUCCGUUCCAUAUAGAGGUCGUAACGCCUUAGUCGAUAUAUCGAUGUGCCUUAAGCGUCCGGAAGAACCGGGGCCAGCUCACUUAAAUAUCGACAAGGAGAAGGUGUUUAAGCAAAACAAAAAAGGUUUUAAUAGUAGUUACGAUAAACCACCUGGUUAUAGGCGGGUCGUUGUGUGGCCGGGCGUUGGUAGGUACACUAUUAAAGAUGUCAGUUGCGGUAUCCUCGGUCAAGGCCAUAAGCACGUUUUUCUUAGUCGGCAGGAACGAACAAUGGGGGCGAUUCUACCCCAACCGAUGAAUUCUUUCUAA